AUGGCUCCUGAACCGACCCCCGCUAGAGGGGCAAUGUCUCUCUAUGCUAACCUCCUCGAUCCAUCUACCGACGCGCCUGGUAUCAUUUCCCGGGCACCCGUUGUCUUCAAACAGAGCUCGGAGAAUCAAGCCCAACCUGACGACGGAGGCAAAAAGCAACAGCUGAAAGACGGUAUGGUGUUCAUCUUUCAUGUCUUUUGUCUCUGCGUGAACGUUUCUGACACCCCAUUUCUCCUCUCGGCAGCUUCUCUUCGUUUCCAACCCACCAGACGCCCACAACUCUCUCAGAAGCCUAAACCAAAGCAUACUCUACCCAAGAUAGCGUCACACCCACAACCCUCAGCUAGCCGGACUUCAGUACCGACAAAGAGUACAUUAGCUGACUGGGCUGCCCUUGAGGACGACGAUUAUGAGUAUGCGCGCGAGAAACGGCAACGCGGCGGAAGAAAGAAACGCAAGAAGAACCAUGAAUCGCGGGUGGUCCACAAUUGGGACGAUAUCUACGACCCUUCCCGACCCAAUAACCAUGAAGAGUACAGAAACAGCGAGGAGAAGAUUUAUGAAGUUCGCGAAUGGAAGGAUUUCUUGUAUGCGCAUCUCAGGAAGCGCUCCCUAAGCGAAGACUCGGAUAGUGAUGAUGACCAUGACCGGCCAAAACCGCGUAUGUUCAUACUUUUUACACAUGAUGAAUUUGAGGCCAUGACUAAGGAAUCACAAUUAGGUCAAUUUGCGCCUCCAAGCAGCUUUGCCCCGCCGCCUAAUCUUAACAACGUGCCACCACCAGCUGCCGUCCCCGAUGAUCCGACUGGCGAGGAUGCAUUUGCUCGCCGUGCAGCUUUAGUCCAAUACUCCAACGAUGAAUCCGGCACCAACUAUGGCCAGCAUCCACCACCCCCACCUCCUGAUGAUCUCGCCGGAAAAGACGCAUAUAUGCAGCGCUUCCAGAGAGAUGAUAACCAACCAUCAGGAAGCAUUCCACCUCCUCCACCAACACGUCCCCUCGACGCUUUCCAACCUAGCUCCGCCACCAUCUCUCGCGCCCCGGUCCGAUACAAUCUCCCACCACCCCCGGAGGACAUCCCAGCCUCACAAGCCGAACUGGACGCUGUAUUGGCCAAAGAGCAACCAGCAGAUGAAGAAGAACAAGAUGAUUCCGCGCCACGAUCACUUCGUCCCGGUCAACAAGGCUUUGCCGAGAGACUACUUUCCAAGUAUGGAUGGACCAAAGGCUCGGGACUCGGCGCUACCGGUUCCGGAAUGGUCAAACCACUGCAAGUAAAGGUUGAGAAGCGGAAGAAACGACCCGAUUCAGAGGGUGGCGGCUUUGUCACACCUGCUGGACGCGGUAAGAUUAUUGGGAGCAGCAAGAAAGGGGAAUACGAGACUAGCAAGUUUGGUCCUAUGGGCGAAGUGAUAAUCCUCCGGGGCAUGUUGGACGGCAUGGACCUGGAUGCCGAAAUGGAGGGCAGCCAAAAUGGCGGAUUGAUGCAAGAGAUUGGAGAGGAGUGCAAUGAAAAGUAUGGAACCGUGGAGCGAGUUUUCAUUGCUCGAGACGCCGGAACCCCUGUCCCGGUCUUUAUCAAAUUUACCAGUCCCUUGUCUGCUCUACGGGCUGUGAAUGCCCUCGAAGGUCGGAAUUUCAACGGCAACACAAUUGUGGCACGAUUCUACGAUCUCGAAAAAUUCAACCAGGGGAUAUACGUGGACUAG